UAUGUCAAUUUAUAAAUAAAGUUGAGGUUAUGUGUGAAAACAAAUAAAACGCAUAUUUCUGUAAAAUGGCUUAUUUAAUUCGUACCGUUGCAUUUAGACCAAAAGAAUUAUUGACUAGAUGUUACAAUAAAAUCGUUAUCACCGACAAUGGAUCCACGAUUGUUGCUCUUCACAAAGAUGUGGAUUUUCCUUACGAACACUCAAAACCACUUCCAGAUGAGACCGUCGUAGAUAAUUCUAUAUUGAGAAUGAAUGACAAAGACGAAGUGUAUAGAGUAUUUAAGAAUGUGAAGCCUGAGAUAGCGAGAAAGCACCUAUCCUCACUCACACUCACCACUGAACACAGAUGGUUCCCAAGGGCUAGAGACAAGAAGGCAAAGAAAACUGAAAUGAACCGCCCCUACCUGUAGUGUUUACUGCUUUACUAGUAUAAGAUAUUGUAGAAUAUAAUAAAUCGUUGUUAGAUUA